AAAUGAUAAAAUACGCAGAAAAAAUACAGUGAAAUAAUUGUGCGUGAGACAAAGAGAAAACAAACGCCGGGCAUGUUAAAGUCUCUAUUCCAACACCAGCUGACGGAGCAACAACAACAACUGCAGGCGAUAGUAGGGAGAAGAGCAGAACGAAGAGGAGCAGGAGCAGUGGGCAGCUGCAUUAAACAGCAGUAAUAAUAAUGUUGCUGGCAUCAGCUGGGCAAACUGCGCCCUUUACCUACGACUCCAGUGCCACACGUAAAAUCAACAGUAACAACAACAACAGUAGCAAUACAAGCAGCAGCAACAACAAUGUUAGCAAUGUCAGUGGAGGCACGAGCACAACCAAUCAACCAAUUGGAGGAGCGGGCACGUUGGCGGCAUGUCCAACAAGCGCGAGCACCAUUGCCAGCAGUGCAGCCACUGCGAUAAUGAAAACUCUCUCUGUGCGUCUGCAUCGGGGCACCGAAUUCAUCAAGGACACUGUGCAAAAGGCUCUGGUUAUGAAUGGACCAACUCCCGUAUUAGCGUCACAGUUGGAUAGCAGCUUGAAAAGGAAGCUUAUUGGCGCUGGUGGCAUUAUGGGCACCAGUGGCAACUCCAACUCAAGCACCAGUUCCGGCUCCAGCAGCAGUAGCAGCAGCAGCAAUCGCCAGUUUGUGCUCAGCCAGCCAUAUGUAGUGCCAACGGCUGCAUUUUUGCGGCAAUUCACGGUGGCGCCCAGUGUGCUACAUCGGUCAGCAUCAGCGCGAAAACGGAAUGCCAGUACAGACAGCUUACUCAUGGAUCUAUGCGUGUUCAAACCCAUUCGACCCAUGCCCAUAACGCCCAUUAAAAUCAACAAAGCGCGCGGCUUCGAACUGAAGCGACCCAAAUUUAUGCCGCCCUCUGCAAAUAUGUAUAGUGAUGUCGACGAUGAUGAUGAUGAGGACGAGGACGAAGAGAAUCUAGUUCAUAAGGAGCAGGAGCUUACACUUAAACCAAAGCUCAGUACACUAUCAUUGCCACAACAUGCCACCGCAUCCGCUUUUGUGCCACAUGAAGCCAAUAGCAGCAACAGCUCCAGUUGCACUCAAACACAAGACCAUACCAAGGACAACAGCAACAUACACACCUCAGGCACUGGCUCAGGCGAAGUCAAAGUCAAGCCAAAAGCAACAACCACCAAGCGUCGACGCCGUGCGCCGCUCUUAACAGCCAAGAGGCGUCGCAAAGCAGUAGGAAGCGCAGCAAAAGCAACAGAAGGAGAAGCAGCUACAUCACCAGCCACCGUAACCGUUACGGCUACAACUGUUCCAGCAUUAUCCAAACGCAAACGACGCGCUGCAACCAAGAGCACUUCCAUAUCGCCAAUGCGUCGAUCACCGCCCAUGACUCGUCAGCGUGCGCGGUUACAGAUCUCCACCAGCAACAACUAAAUACUACGCCCUACUCUCUCCCUCCCUCCUUCUAUCUAUCUCUCUCUUUCUCUGUUUAUGUCUAGGUUUAGUCAUUGGAACGCCGUGUAAUCCAAUGCCCAAAACUGUGUAACAUAUAAAAAAUGAAAAGCAAA